AUGAAUUCAAGCAGCGCCCACAGUCUGACACCGGUUAGCCGAGCUCUUGCGCGCCAGAAUCCGAGAACCAUGCUCGCCCGGUCAUUUUCGACGGCUGUUCGUCUGGAGCGGGGCCCGAAAUCUCGGCCCAGCGACAUCAUAGAGCAACUGCUGAAGCUGCAACCGAAAGCCUCGCAGGAAAGCAUGCAGCAGGUUUUGGCCCGACAUCACUGGGAUCGCAAGUCUCUGCGCUGGGCGAUGCAUUACCUCAAUGCCCGACGGAGGUUCGACUUGGUGGGGACGUUGCUAGCCGAGAGGCUCAAGGCCGAUAACACAAAGGUAGGUGUGUCUGAAUUCACCAUUGGAAUUAGUGCCUGUGCGAGGGCGAAGACUUGGCAGCUAGCGAUGCAUUUAUUCGACGGCAUGCAUCGAGCCAACGUGAAUGCCAAUGCUAUCAGCUACAGCGCGGCCAUCAACGCGCUUGAGAAGGGUGGGCAGUGGCGGCUGGCAGUGAGUCUGCUCGACAGCAUGCGCGAAGCCAAACUUGUUGCUGAUGUCAUCACCUACAACACCACGAUCAGUGCCUGUGCGGAUAGUGGGCAGUGGGAGCUGGCAAUGCAUCUGUUCGACACCAUGUGCAAUGCAAGUCUUCCUGGCGAUGUCAUCACCUACAAUGCGACUAUCAGCGCUUGUGAGAAAGGUGGGCAGUGGCAGCUAGCGAUGCACCUGUUUGACAAAAUGCGCACAGCAAGUUUGCCUGCCGAUGUCAUCACCUACAAUGCGACCAUCAGCACUUGUGAGAAAGGUGGGCAGUGGCAGCUCGUGUUGCAUCUGUUCGACAGCAUGUGCAAUGCCGCACUUGCUGCCGAUGUCAUUAGCUACAGUGCCGCCAUCAGCGCUUGCGAGCAGGGUGGGCAGUGGCAGAUGGCGAUGCAUCUGUUCGACAGCAUACGCAAUGCCAAGAUGGAAGUCAACGUAAGCAGCUACAGUGCCACCAUCAGUGCUUGUGAGAAGGGUGGGCAGUGGCAGCUGGCGAUGCAUUUGUUCGACAUUAUGGGCUACAGUGCAACCAUCAGCGCUUGUGAGAAGGGUGGGGAGUGGCAGCUGGCGAUGCGAUUGCUCGACAGCAUGCACAAAGCUAACCUCCCUGUUGAUGUCAUCACCUACAAUGCCGCGAUCAGUGUUUGCACGAAGGGCGGGCAAUGGCAGCUAGCGAUGUACUUGUUCGACAGCAUGAUCGAAGCCGACCUGCCUCUCGAUAUCAUGACCUUCAAUUCUGCCAUUCGUGCUUGCGAGCAGGGUGAGCAAUGGCCACUGGCAAUGCAUCUCUUCGAAACCAUGCGCAACGGCAAGAUGAACGGAACGGCUGUCACCUACAAUGCAGUGCUGGAUGCCGUGUGCAGUGAAGCGCAGGAUCAUGGCUAUGACCUUUUCCUGCAGGCUCGACAGGCUGGUCUAUAUGGCAACUUGUGCAAGCAGGGUCCUGCCCUUCUUGACUUACUUGACAUGUCGGCCUCUUCCGCUUGGAUGGCCGUGAGGUGGUGGCUGCUGGAUGUACUGCCUCCAUUGCUGUCCCAGAAGCCCAGUUGCCGUGGCAUCAUCAUCACCGGUCGGGGCCAGUCCCGCCCCCUUGCUUACAAGGCGGAUCUUCAAGCCUUCAUCUUGGGGAAGCUGAGAGAACAUGGUCUCAAUGCUGAGGUUCCGCGGGGAACAAAGCCCUGA